AUGGCGACGGUCAUCGCAAUGAGAAAGCGACCUAGGGGCGAUCCAGCCCUUAUUCAACGCAAGUUUUUCAAAAAGACUGCAAAGGGAAAGGUCAUUAAGGUCCUCCGAGAGCGCUACCUGCGCGAUGACAUUCCCUGUGGGAUUAACGAGUGUCCUUACUGUAUCACCCAGCAAUCUCGUCCAUUAUCCUUGGCUGUUGCAGCGAGACACUCGGAUUACCCAGCAGGCCACUAUGUGAUUCCAGACACAAACAUAUUCCUCAAUCAGAUGGAUCUCAUGGAGUCGCCCCUGUUCGAUGCGCCGCUCAUCGUACUCCAAACCGUCCUCGAAGAAGUUCGCCAUCGCUCCAUUCCUCUGCAUAACCGCCUCAAGAGUCUAUUGCGCUCAGAAGAUCGACCAUGCUUUGUCUUUUACAACGAAUAUCGCGAGUACGGCCACUAUGCCUUGGCCGAUGGGAAACUCACGGCGAGACAUUAUAGGGACACUGCAGUACAAAGAAAAGACGACGAGUCACCGAAUGACAUGAAUGAUAGAGCUAUCCGAUCAGCGGUCGCCUGGUACAGGCAUCAUAUCGGCCAAAUCUCAUCCGCCCGAAAUAAAGGGCAGCCCGUGCCUAGAAUAGUACUAUUGACGGACGAUGUGGCUAAUCGAAGACAUGCCCAGACAGAAGGCGUCGAGGCGGUAUCUGUCUCACACUAUGUCCAAGGCUCGAAGAAUAGCGCCCUUCUGCUUGAUCUGCUCGCCGCUGGUGCUGGGGAUGGAGACCAAGGCGACAAGGCAAAGUCGUCUGCUAUCUACCCAGAGCACAUGUCAAGUAUAAUGAUCAACGCUGGAAUCAAGGCUGGUCAAUUACAACAAGGCCACUUCAAUGCUAAUGAUUAUAACUAUCUCGAGGCAAGUACAGCGCCGCAGAUUUACAGCACUAUUGACACAUUCAAGGGCACCGUGAGAGUAGCAGCUUUUCCAAAACCUGUGCUGGUCGUUGGGAGGCAGAACAUGAACAGAGCCAUGCAUGGGGAUAUUGUCGCCAUUGAGGUUUUCCCUGAAACUGAAUGGCGGUCGCCAGCCGAUGCAGUAGUCGACCAAGAUGAGGCGCUGAAGAACGACGAUGCCGACGACACCGAGGCUGAAGGAGGCGAUGACUUGGAGGCGCAAGAGGAAGCUCGGAUAGCGACCAAACUACGAGAUGGAUCUGGCAAGGUGAAAGAAAAGUCACCCACGGGUCGUAUCGUUGGAAUCAUCAAACGCAACUGGAGGACCUAUGUGUGCCACCUCGACCCCGCAUCUCUUUCGUCGAGCUCUGAAACUUCUACGUCCGUGCAAGCUGUGUUUGCUAUCCCAACCUCUGCGCUCCUACCCCGCAUACGAAUGCGAACACGACAAGCACCACAGCUCCUUGAUCAGAAGAUACUCGUCACAAUCGACAGAUGGGACAGUACCUCCCGAUACCCAGAAGGUCAUUUUGUACGAUCGCUAGGAAAAGUGGGCGGUAAAGAAGCGGAGCAAGAGGCGCUAUUAGUCGAAUAUGGUGUGGCUUAUGGUGCGUUUGGCAAGGCAAUCCAGGAUUGCUUGCCACCUGAAGGUGACAGCUGGGUGGUACCUCCCAAGGGCCACGAUAUCUGGAAAGAUAGAGAGGAUUUAAGGGACGUGCUCAUCUGUAGUAUUGAUCCCCUGGAUAUCGACGACGCGCUUCACGCCAGAGCGCUGCCUAAUGGCAACAUUGAGGCUGGCGUCCAUAUUGCGGACGUUUCUCAUUUUGUUCACGCAGAGACACCGAUGGACAGCGAGGCCGCAGCGCGUGGGACGACAGUCUACCUUGUCGACAAGCGGAUAGACAUGUUACCAAGCCUCUUGGGGACAAACCUGUGCUCCCUACGCCCACAUGUCGAACGUCUCGCCUUCUCAGUCAUUUGGGAACUAACACCAGAGGCCAAGAUUGUGAAUGUACGAUUUACCAAGUCUGUGAUUGCAUCGAAAUCCGCUUUUACAUAUGAAGAGGCACAGAUACGCAAAGAUGAUCAGUCUCUCAAAGAUCCUUUGACGCAAUCAAUCCGGCUACUCAACUCACUUGCUCGUAACCUACGUGAAGGACGAAUGCGUGCUGGAGCGCUGAAUCUUGCAUCUCCCGAAGUCAAGAUUCAGAUGGAGAGCUCCGAAUCUUCGGAUCCUAUCGAUGUGAAACAAAAGGAACAACUGGAGACGAACAGCCUUGUUGAAGAGUUUAUGCUCCUCGCCAAUAUUUCGGUUGCAAAAAAGAUCCAGGAGACCUUCCCACUCACAGCGGUUCUCAGACGGCAUAUGCCACCGCCCACGACGAAUUUUGAGACGCUCAAGGAUAUUCUUAUGAAGAUCAAAGGUCUCAAGCUGGAUGUUUCUUCGUCAGGGGCUCUAGCCAGCUCUUUGGAUCUCUGUGUGGAUUCCAACGAGCCGGCUUUCAAUACCCUUGUGAGAAUCAUGGCGACGCGAUGUAUGCUCUCAGCAGAGUACUUCUGCUCGGGUAACGUCCCACGUGAUACGUUUGGUCACUACGGUCUCGCCAGUCCUAUCUACACUCACUUCACGAGUCCUAUCAGGCGAUACGCUGAUGUCCUUGUUCAUAGGCAACUUUCAGCGGCUAUUAAUCACGCACCACUACAUGCGUCGUUGCACUCGAAAGACUACGUCGAACGUAUCCUCAACAAUGUGAACCGACGGCACCGAAUGGCGCAAAUGGCGAGUCGUGCAAGCAUAGAGUUCUACGUGGGACUCGCUAUUCAAUCAAGAGCGCCUAAUGAGGCUGGCGGUGUACGAGAGGAAGCAUAUGUGAUUCGGACAUUUAGGAAUGGUAUCGCCGUGUUUGUUUCUCGCUUGGGCAUUGAAGGUCUCGUGACUUUCAAGCAUGAAAUUGAGUACGACGCAGAGGCGUAUGCGGUAACGUUGCCCAACGGCAAGAAGCAAAAACCAGUAUCAUUGGCUGUCUUUGACAAGGUUACUGUCAAGAUUACGGUGGAAAAGGACACGACUACACAGAGGGGGAAAGUUAGGAUGGUGCUGGUGUCCCCGGUCAAUUCCGAAGCUCUGUAA